CAGACAGUCCAAGCACUACUUGUCUUUAUCUAUGAGUCCAAGCCUCUAAUUUUUCCGUAACUGCGAGUGAACAUGUGAGUGAGACGAAGUGAAAAAUAUUUUGUGCAGUCUUGUUCAUUUGAGUCAAAGAAAACUAUUGAUUCAUUGAGUUUCAAUUGUCAACAGAAUGGACUCUGCUGUUUGUAUAUUUAUAAUUUGAUUGGCCAAAUGGUUGUUUGAAAUUAGUUAAAGCAGCGUGGGGUGGUGUUCACAGUGUUAAAAGGAUUGUUAUUUUUAGUUUAUCCAAACUAAGGUUAUGUCAUUCAUUAAAUUGCAAUCAUUUUAAGUGAUUAAUAUGGCAGGAUUAGCUGCCAACGCUCCAUCUUCCGCAGAUGCUUGUCUUAGCAUUGUCCACAGCUUGAUGUGUCAUCGACAGGGGGGCGAAUGUGAAGGAUUUGCUAAAAGAGCAAUUGAAUCAUUAGUAAAAAAAUUGAAAGAGAAGAGAGAUGAACUUGAUUCACUAAUUACUGCGAUUACUACUAGUGGAGCUCAUCCAAGCAAAUGUGUCACGAUUCAGAGAACAUUAGAUGGGAGGUUACAAGUAGCUGGACGGAAAGGUUUUCCGCAUGUGAUUUAUGCCAGAAUUUGGAGAUGGCCAGAUCUCCACAAAAAUGAACUCAAGCACAUUAAAUACUGCCAGUUUGCUUUUGAUUUGAAGUGUGACUCAGUAUGUGUAAAUCCAUAUCACUAUGAAAGAGUGGUUUCUCCUGGAAUAGAUCUCUCAGGGCUUACUUUACAAACUGGAGCUCCUCGAAUGAAAGAUGAGUACAGUACAGGAACUGUGGCAGCAGCUUCUAUGGAUGUAGAUGGAGAUCUAGGUAUGGGGGUAUCUCAAACUGUACAGCACCAUCCUCCUCAACAAAAUUUCAAUUUGGCCCCAAUGCAGGCUUCAUCAAGUGAUCCAGGAAUGUAUAAUCCUUCAAAUAGAGGUAUUUUGGGUUCUACAAUACCAAAAAUCGAGAGCGGACUCGAUCCAAGCAGGUCUAAUUGGUUGCCACAUAUGCAUUUGUCUCGUCACCAAAGCCAAAAUCAAGUAACGAGUACCGUUAUUAGUAACCAGCAAUCAGUUUCAUCAGCGCAAGUUAUGCAUGGUACGCCAACCCAUAGCAACUCUGGCCAGUUUUAUGCUACCUCUCAAGCGACAGUAGGUUCGGAUCGCUCUCAGGAGUCAAUUUCACAAAAUUUAGCGAACAAUUCACCAGUGUCUCCGCAUCUCCAGCAAAACGGCUUUAAUGGGGCCAGUAAUACGGUUUUAGCUGGUAGUGGAUCGGCAAAUACACAAUCUGUUACAACGCUUCCUCAAUCCUAUACCGGUGCAGGUGGAACUUGGACUGGCUCUAAUACCCUUACAUAUACUCAAAGCAUGCAACCGCCUGAUAAUAGAAACCACCUUAAUAAUUAUUGGAAUCACACUGCGUCUAACCAAAUAGGCAAUGAUGUAAACCUAGGUGGACUUCUUUCAGCUCAGCCCGCGCCGGAAUAUUGGUGCUCAGUGGCUUAUUUCGAAUUAGAUACACAGGUUGGCGAGACAUUUAAAGUGCCAUCAAAUUGUCCAAAUGUUACAAUAGAUGGGUAUGUUGAUCCUUCUGGUGGGCACAGGUUUUGUUUAGGAGCUCUUAGUAAUGUCCAUCGAACUGAUCAAAGUGAAAGAGCAAGAUUACAUAUUGGUAAAGGCGUUCAACUCGACCUAAGAGGAGAAGGCGAUGUAUGGUUGCGGUGUCUAAGCGAUCACUCCGUUUUCGUUCAAAGUUAUUAUUUAGACAGAGAAGCUGGAAGACAACCAGGAGACGCAGUGCAUAAAAUUUAUCCAUUGGCAUAUAUUAAGGUUUUUGACUUAAGACAGUGUCAUCAUCAAAUGACCACUCAGGCUCAAACAGCACAGGCUGCAGCUGCCGCACAAGCCGCUGCAGUUGCUGGUCACAUUCCUGGUCCUCACUCUGUCGGGGGAAUCGCUCCAGCAAUAAGUUUAUCGGCCGCCACUGGAAUCGGAGUGGAUGAUUUAAGAAGACUUUGCAUUUUAAGACUCAGUUUUGUUAAAGGCUGGGGUCCAGACUAUCCUAGACAAUCUAUUAAAGAAACUCCGUGUUGGAUUGAGGUGCACUUGCACAGGGCUCUUCAACUUUUAGAUGAAGUUUUACAUACUAUGCCUAUAGAUGGUCCCAGGGGCAUAGAAUAAGCAGGUAUAUUUUACUGCAUCCAAUUAUUACUUAUUCAGCGGAUAAGAGCGACUUAUUGAUGGAAUUCAUAUGUUGUGUACUGUUCAAUGGCAAUGUAAGGAAGUUUUUCCACUGGAGCUAUGCUAGAAGAAUAUUAAGUAAAUUCGCAUUUAAUUACGUUUUCCAAAAAAAUAGGGAUAGUGAGUUUUUGGCGGACAAAUUGCAUAUUUUUUUGGUAAUGAUGAGACCGUUUAAGUUCCCUUCACCAGCAAUUGAUUCAGUGGUCCAUGGAACGAUGGAGAAUUGAAAAACAAUAAGAGUUUGCAUCAAGCUCGAUUAGAGAAAUGCGAAAAAUAAAAUUUCUUAAUUGUUGCCGAACCGCUGUGAAUAUUUACAUAUUUUUUUUGAUUUGUCCGUGGC